AUGCCCAUCCCAACGCGCUCCGCAUCACUCCGUGAGCCCCGGAAAUCGACAUCUAAUAUAGCUCGACCCACGGCCAACACUGCGACCCCGGCCACCGGUUCGGCCAAAGGAACUACCCGCCUAACGAAUGACAAGCCUCGAUCUUUUACCAACCCCUCGCCGGCCGAGGGGGUCUCCCUCAAGGAUAAUGCGGUCUAUAGUCGCGGACGAACCCACCUUCCUCAGCGCAGCAACAUAGCCCGAGACGAUCAAAAUGGCUCGGCACAGGUGCGGUUUCAGUCGUCAGAGACUAGACUUCCACAACGAGGAGAGACAUCGCCAAGGAGGCAGCCGCAGGCAAAUACGGGGGAGGAGAGACAGAGAGCGCCCUCGACGGCGAAACCGAGCGGUGCAGUGCCAACACGUCGCCAGAGCUUGAUACGACCGGGAGCUCUGAAGACAAGCGCAACCAAAGGCAAUGUACCGGCUCCAACAAAGGGUACGACGCCUACAUUCGUGCCGCCGUCCCCACGGAAGCCAUCCACAUUACGAUCGCCCACCCAGUCCUCGGCAGCCCACCGUCCACCCUCGCCCAAAAAGACGGAAAUGCUACCUCCCCCUCGGCCCAUGCGAUCUGCCUCUUUGAGACAACCUCGAGAACCUGUUUCCGGGGCCCCAGCCGCCGCUGUCCGAGGUCACGCCCGACACCGUAGCCAGAUGGUGCCCGCAAGUACGAAAUCAACCCAGCCCGACCCUUCUCCCGCCACUCAGACGCCUCGUGCGCAGUUCUCUGCCUACCAGCAACAUUACUCGCCCAGAAAACCUACCAAGCCUCCCACUCCGACUCCGGGAGUCACAUCUGGACCCGAUAGUCAUCUUAUUCCUACAUCCUGGCCAGACAUUGCCGCCUUGCAGACAGAACUCCUUCAGCUCAGUCUCUUCCACUCCAGUUCACUCCAGCAACAUGCAGAAUGGAAGGCAGAGUCUGAAUCGCGCUUGCGCAAAAAGUACGACGCCGUCGCUGAUCAAUACCGAUCUAUAUUGGUGGGCGAGAAAAGUCGCCAACACCAGCUGAACAUGCAGUCUUUAAUCCGUUGGGUCCAGAAUUGCCGCGACCAUCAGGGACCGCAUGGGUUCCCCGAGCAGAUCCAGAUAUUCUCCCAAGUCCUACAGGAAAUUUCAGACCUGGAAAUGAAUGGAAUGGGUGGCCGAUAUACUAAAGUCGUGACCGUCUUUGAAGACUGGUUCCAGCAAGCGGAGUCUAUUCAGCACCAGCGCGAGACAUCGGGGACAUUUGAUGGCACCAUUUUCAUCGACCCACUCGGCAAAACCUGGAAAGAGGAGGUGCACGCUCUACAGGCUAAGUUGGAGCUCUGCGCUCGACACCUCCAGAGUCUGGAUAUCCUGGGGUUUGGCGAAGUGGAACAGUUACCGCAGUCGGCGCUUACGCGUGUGUCCCAAGGUCUGGCGGAGUCGAUUCGAUUGAUGUUACAGGAGAUCCGUGCUAUGCGAUGUUUGGAAGCGGAGAUUGUUCGUUCGGAGAGGGAGUGUGUUUGUCGGAUUGCGACCGAGUUGACUGGGUCGAAGCGGGAGAUAAAUGCGCCACGAGUUGGGAUUUGGAGGUCUUGA